AUGCAAUUUUUGGUAAAAACUGGUGGUAAUAAUGGUGUUGAAGAUUCUAUGGAGAGAAGAACCCACAAGAUUGUAAGGUCUAAUGAUGCUCCAGUUGUAGACAAUGGUGAGGAUUCGGGUGUGAACAAAACACAGGUGGCGUUAAAAUGUCCAGUUGGAAUGUUCCGAUGUGAGGACAACCAAUAUUGUAUUCUUCAGCGUCAAAAUUGCGACGGACAUGCAGAUUGCCUGGACGGAUCUGACGAACUUAAUUGUGAUGACGAUUUUGGCAACACCUAUUGGGAUCACCUGUACCGCAAAAGACCAGCUGCUGAAGUCGACGAAAUGGAUGUACAGAACUUUUCAUGUGAUAUGUUAAAAAUGAACGAAUCCGUAUGCAAAUGUAAAAGUGGUUCCCUGGAUUGCUCCUUGAGAAAGUUAACUUCAUUACCAAAAGGAUUACCCAAGAAUAACAUCAGCUUAUUAGACUUAACAGGGAACGAGUUCAGAACUUUGCACGACGACUUUUUUAACGGUCUUCCGGAGACAGAAUCAUUAAUUCUAGGAUCAAACAGAAUCAUUGCUCUGCAAGAGGACGUGUUCGAAAAUUUGGAAAAUUUGGUCGAACUAGAUCUCAGAAAUAACUACAUUGAAGAAAUUUCAGCAGUUAUGUUCGAACCUUUAAUCAGACUUGAAAAAUUGUAUCUGAACGGCAAUAGAAUACGUCAAGUAACUCCUCUAAGCUUCCCACAAAUUGAGAUGCUUUACACUUUGUCACUGAGUGACAACAGGAUCACGGAUCUCAGAUUUGGAAACCUUCCUGCUUUGGAACAUUUGUUUAUUUCUGGAAAUAAGUUGACGACACUGAAAAAUGAAACUUUUGAACAUCUGCAUCGAGUACAAGCCUUGAAUCUUAAUGAAAAUUAUCUCAUCGACUUUGAAGAUGGCACUUUUAAUCCCUUGAGUAACUUGACAUCACUAUAUUUGAAGGAGAAUCCGUUCAAAAGAUUGAGCGAUACAUUACUCCAGAAUGUUACUAGUCUUCAAUAUAUAUAUUUUUCAUCAUUUUCCCUUUGCCGAGCGGCGAUGCACGUCAGGGUUUGCGAACCUCACGGGGACGGCAUUUCUUCAGCCCGGCAUUUACUGGACAGCCCUGUCCUGCGAGCCAUUGUCUGGGUUAUGGCAUUCGUAGCAGUGGCUGGAAAUUCUUUGGUGCUCGGGGGCAGAUUGUUGACGAGAGCUAAUUGCCCAAAGCACUCUUUGUAUUUGAGACACUUGGCCAUCUCUGAUUUAUUGAUGGGGGUUUAUUUGACUGGAAUAGCAGUUGCUGAUAUAGUUUAUAGAGGCAGAUAUCUGCAGAACGAUGAAUCUUGGAGGGAAAGCAUUGGAUGUGCAGUUUGUGGUUUUCUAUCGACCCUAAGUUGCCAAUCAUCAACUCUCCUCCUAGCUCUGGUAACAUGGGACCGUUUGGUCUCUGUCACCAGACCCUUAGCUCCUAGGGAUCGUGGGGCUCAAGGGGCUUGGUUGAGGUUAGGGACCCUAUGGGCCUUGGCAGGACUCGCUGCUGUUGCUCCAUUGACUGGUCUUCAAUAUUUUGGAGAACAUUUCUAUGGAGGCAAUGGCGUCUGUUUGUCUAUACAUAUACAUGACCCAUACGCUAGGGGUUGGGAAUACUCAGCUCUGCUCUUCAUAGCUUGCAACACCCUGGCCUUGGCUUUCAUAACAUUUUCAUAUGCCAAAAUGCUCCGUGCCAUCAAGUUGUCAUCCGUGUCCCUGAGAUCAACUCAUGCCAGACAUGAAAGUGCAGUUGCCAGGAGAUUUGCCAUCAUCGUUUUCACAGACUGUUUGUGUUGGCUGCCGAUCAUAAUUGUCAAAAUUAUUGCUUUGUGUGGCAGUAAAGUGUCGGAGAACCUGUACGCCUGGUUGGCUGUGCUGGUGCUACCAGUUAAUUCAGCUUUGAAUCCGGUCCUGUACACUUUGACUACAGCGAUGUUCAAACAACAGAUGCGAAAAAUGUUCGCCAGCCUAACAUCUCGCUCCACCGGAGAUCCGAACCACUCCGGCUACGAGUCGGGUCUUAGCUUAAGCCUGUUCCAGCAGCAAGCAGGCGGCGGCAGCGGCAAACGGCGAUUGCUGAACAGGGUAAGCGCACUCAAUAGCAACAAAAAUUGUAGAAACGAUACGAAACAGUCGAAAAAUUCGAAAAAUAAUAAAAAGAAAUCGAAUAAAUGGAAAUUAGAUAAGAUUGAUGAAUGCUGCGAAUUUAGUUUUGCGAUGGGAAAGAUUAAUAUAGAAAUUGAGGAUAGAAAGGGUACCAGUUAG